AUGUCUCCAGGAGAUGUCCAGCGAUGCGGUUUGAGCGCUGUAACCAGGAGCCAGAGAUCCAUUUCUGGACCUAGCAAGUCCGAGAAGGGCUAUUCCUGCUGGGAUCAGCUCCCGAGCAGGGGCCGACAGACAUCUGUAGCCAGCUCGUCACAGCCGAUCGCAUUGAGUCGCCCAACAAUGCGUGUCUCGCCGGGGCAACGUCUGCCACAGAUGCGAGAUACGCUCAUCCCCCGGUGUCUACCUCGACUACCCGCAGGCUCUGAGUUCGACUGGAGAAUGGCUAUGGUGCUACACCCUGGAGGUGUUGACCACGCUCGCCCGACCAUAUGCACGCCGAGUUAUAGCCUCGGAGGUCACUCCGGUUGCCCGCCACCCUGCCGCAACCCGCCACAACACAGCCCCCAAAAGAUAAAGGAGGGUCGGCAGAGCUGUGGGACCGCUAUCCACCUGUGGGUGUUCCCGAUGGGCUUUCCCCCCACAAGCUUCAUGCGGGACCCACAGCCGCCUUACUUGUCUGGGUGGAAGGGACCCACACCACCUCCCCCCAGCAAUUUUCCAUUUAAAACGACGUUGCCAGAGGGUCAUUCUGGGGGAGGAGGACUGGCAAAGCCACUCUCCCCCGAGCGCCCUCCCAUUUCCCCGGAGGUGGCUAGGAUUCCCCCCAAGAUUUGCCUGGGACCGCACAGGUACCCAGUUAACCCAUGGGUUGCCCACGAGAGAGCUAAAACACUGCAGAAGUCUAAUGAUGAGAGGCUGUGA